AUGUUAAUUGAUGAUAUUAUCUAUGUCAUCGUGUUGCUGUUAUGCAUCGGAUUCGGUGAAGUUUUUAGGGGAUUCAAAGAUGCCAAUACCAAACAAUGGGUCUCCACCGGUUUUGGAUUACUCGUGGGCUUUGUUGUUUCCGGUGUACAUAUUUUACAUCCUAUCAUAAGUACUGUUAUUGCUGCGGUUUUGAUAACAAACUUGUCACAUCGAACGAGACACAUAGCUGCCUUUUUCUUCUCCUUCUUCUACCUGCUAUUUGUAUUUCGCCUGUGCGAUUGGUAUGGCGCGGAAGUACCCUCGACCCACACGAAUCUUCUCCAAAUGAUCAUCACCCUGAGGAUCGCCGGCCUCGGGUUCGAAAUGAAUUCGGCGGUGGAGAGUCUGAAGGAAGAUCCCAACAACAGGACUUACAGGGCUAUGAAAAACAUCGGGUUCCUCGAUGUGGUUCAUUUUUCAAUUGGAUACAUAGGACUUCUUACAGGUCCUUACUACACGUACAGAACCUACUGGGACUGCAUACACAAUAAUUUCGGUGACUACAUCGACUGCAGAGGUCAAACCCUCCAAAAACUAAAGAAAAUAGCAGUUGCAGUUGUUUUCCAUCUGUUCUUCAACUUCUACUAUCCCAUAAGUUACGUUUACACUGAGGAAUUCCAGGCGAGGUCGUUGGUGUAUCGAAUUUUCUAUGUCUACCCCUCGUUUUUCAAUUUCAAGACGAGGAUAUACGCAGGGAUGAUGCUCUCCGAAUGUGUUUGCCAAAUGGCUGGUCUCGGGGCUUAUCCCACGAGCAGUGAACCUCGCUCGGGACUUGGGCCGACAGACUACAAAAAAGUUUUAGAAAUGGCGGACAAUCCCCAAAAACUAAAAUCCGAGAAGAUGGACUUUGAAACUAUCCACAACAUCGACAUUCCUGAGGUGGAGAGAUGCUUCUUGGUGAGAAAGGCUAUGAAGUCCUGGAAUAUCACUGUGCAGUACUGGAUGGCAGCUUAUGUCUAUAAACAAUUCCCCAGCAAAGCUCUGCGAACAGCCGCCACUUUCAUGAUCUCAGCUGUUUGGCAUGGCUGGGCAUUUGGAUAUUACGUGACUCUAUUAUCACUUAUAUUUUUCCUACCGGUGGAGGAUCUCUACGUGAAGUUCUACAAGCAGAGUGAAGACAAUAGUUUUACCAAAAAAGGACUCUGGGCUCUCCUCUACUUCCUCAGAUUCUCCUGCAUGUCCUACUUAGGAAUUGGCUUCCAAUUACUGGAAUAUGACAAUACAGUUUACUACUUCACUAACAUUUAUGCCGCUGGACACAUAUUUGUGGGAAUAUUAUACAUAAUCGGUCGUCAAAUGAAGCCACCGAGCAUUGUUGAAACUGAUAAGAGGUUGUGAAUUACGACACCCUCGUUGUUGACGUUACGAAAGUACCUACUUGCAUUAUAACACCGAAGAUCUUCCACUAAUUUGUUACGAAUUUCAAGGGCGAAACGAAGGAUGUGAUAAUGCACAAUUAUACAUAUUUAUGCACAACAGCUGAUUUGAGAGGAACAGGAAUUUUAUAUGCAGAAAAUAAAGGAGUUGAAUGGAGCUGAAUUCUAAAUAAAAAUUAUUAGAAAUUCUAUAA